CCUACGUGUAACGAUUAACCGCUGGGACGCUGAGGCGGUGAUGCCCUCCUCUUCGCCGGUGAAAGGCUCGAAGCGCUUGAAAUUACCAACGGAGAACGAAGAAGAAGGCGAGUCCUUCAAGCCUCCAUUUUAUUUCAUUAAGGAUUGCGAUCGAACGGGCUGAGGUCAUGGCGAGGUUCUCGUUGGAAGACGAGGAGGAGGAGAUGGCUGACGGCAGGAGGAGGAAGAAGAGGAGUGGAGGAGCGGAGGAGAUCGAUCGAAGAAGUCCCAAAAGGGGCAAGAAAUUAAAGACGAAAGGAAAGAAGGAGAUGGGAAACGAGGUAGAAGGGGAGGAGGAGGCGGAGGUGGCGGCCGUGGAGGAGGAAGGAGGAGAAGGGGGAGAUGUGGAAGAAGAGGAGGAGGAGGAGGAGAAGGAGGCGGAGCAAGGAGAUGGGGGUAUGUCUUUUGGGAAGGAGAACGGCGAUGGAGUUAGCGUCAGGAUAGAUCCUGAUGUUCUUGAUUGCUCCAUCUGCUAUGAGCCCCUGCGCCCGCCUCUAUUCCAGUGUUCAAAUGGGCAUGUUGCAUGCUGUUCUUGCUGGUCCAAGCUUGAUCAUAAGUGCUACCUCUGCUCCCAUGAAAUCAGCUUCAGCCGCAAUCUAGCACUUGAGAAGAUUGUCGAGUCUAUUAAAAUUUCUUGCCGUCAUGCCAAAUAUGGUUGCAGGAGAACUAUCAACUACACGCAGAGAGAUCAUCAUGAAGAAACAUGUAUUUAUGCACCAUGCCACUGCCCUGUUUCUGAUUGCACAUACAGCGGGUCUACAGUGAUGCUAUCAGCACAUUUUAGUAGCAAACAUAGCAAGUCUUCUAAGAGAUUCUGCUAUGGUCAGCCCUUUAAAGUUAACUUGAAGCCAAUGGAGCCAUUUUUUGUCCUCCAGGGCGAAGAUGGUCAUCUCUUCCUCCUCCUUAACAAUAGGGAUGUGGCCGUGGGUUAUGCCCUUUCAGUUGCCUGUAUCCGACCAGACACUCCGGAGUUCAAUUUCUCUUAUAAACUUACAGCAAGUGGUAAGGAAAGUUCUGUCAGGUUGAAGGCUUCCACAACAAAUAUUAAAGAAUGGAAGGGGGUUUAUCCUACCAAGGCUUUUCUUUUGGUUCCCCAUGACCUUUUUUAUUCCUCUGGGAUAAUGCUACUGGAUGUUUGUAUUAGGAAAUCAAAUCUUGUGCUCUAAAUUAACCAUGCCCUCUUAUGUUUAAUUUCAGAUCAUCUCUAGGUGCUGUAAAUAGCUUGGACCAACUCUUCAAUCUCUGUAAUUAGUGUUGUAUUAAGCCUUCAAGAAUGAAACUGGAACAGUGGAACUAUGCAUAAUUUGUUCAGAUUAUCUGUGAGGGCUGUAAAUAGUUCAGAUGAACUUUUGAAUUUCUGUAACUGGUGUUGUAUUAUAUCUUCAUGAGUGAAACUCAAAUGAUGUAUCAUUUGUAUAUGGAAAGCUUUAGGAAGCUUUAUAUAAAU